UGGGGUAGGGCGUCGAGUGGAGGUCUUGGAGGACGGUGUGCAGGUGCGCUGUUAGGUCGGUAUUGGAGUGGGCGGCCAUGGUGUAUCUAGGGUUAGGAGGAGGUAAGAUGUGGUGGGCUUGCUUGUCUAAGUGAGACGAGUGAGACGGAACGCCGAGGCCCGAUCCAGAUUAGCCGGCAAGAGGCAAGGGAACUCUGGAGCAGAUCAAAGGAUCGAUUAGGCUACAUACUAGGAUCUAAUAUCUACCAGGUCGAAGUCGCGUAUACAACGGCUAUCGCGUACAACCAUCAGGGUGGUGUUGUGACGCUCUGGCCAAUGACGCCAGACGCAUCCCGCCAGCCCGAACUCGGCGACGAGGGGCAGAUUUUUGGAAUUUAGGCGGGGCAUCCCAACGCUGCAGUGAAACGGCGCCCCAGCAUUGCUCUUGCUUUCCCUCCUUCCUUGAUUGACAAUUUAAUUGACUGCUUAGCUGACUGUCCAUUGUAUAUCUGUCAACAUGGGAGGCCAAAAGACCGCGAUCCUGUCCGUCUACGACAAGACGGGCCUGCUCGACCUCGCCAAAGGGCUCCACGAGUGCAAUGUGCGCCUGCUCGCGUCGGGCGGCACGGCCAAGAUGAUCCGCCAGGCCAACUUCCCCGUCGAGGACGUGUCGGCCAUCACCAAGGCGCCCGAGAUGCUCGGGGGCCGCGUCAAGACACUGCAUCCCGCCGUGCACGGAGGCAUCCUCGCCCGCAACCUCGACUCGGACGACUCGGACCUCACGGCCAACAGCAUCGACAAGAUCGACUUUGUCGUGUGCAACCUGUACCCUUUCUCCGAGACGGUCGCGCGCAUCAACGUCACCAUCCCCGAGGCCGUCGAGGAGAUCGACAUUGGCGGCGUCACGCUGCUACGCGCCGCCGCCAAGAACCACGCCCGCGUCACCAUCAUCAGCGACCCCAGCGACUACCACGACCUGCUGACGGAGCUGAAGAAGGACGGCGAGGUGUCGGAGCAGAACCGCCAGAAGUACGCCCUCAAGGCCUUUGAGCAGACGGCCGCCUACGACGGCGCCAUCUCCGAGUUCUUCCGCAAGAAGUAUGCCGGCAACGGCGAGCAGUUCCUGCCGCUGCGCUACGGCGCGAACCCCCACCAGAAGCCCGCGACCGUCGCCAUGGCCGACAAGCCACUGCCGUUCAAGGUGCUGUGCGGAGCGCCAGGCUACAUCAACCUGCUCGAUGCGCUGAACGCGUGGCCGCUGGUCCAGGAGCUGAGCCAGGCGCUGAACUACCCGGCCGCCGCCAGCUUCAAGCACGUCUCGCCCGCCGGUGCCGCCAUCGGUGUGCCGCUCAGCGACGUCGAGAAGAAGGUCUACAUGGUGGACGACAUUGACGGCAUCGACAAGUCUGGUCUGGCGCAGGCGUAUGCCAGGGCGCGUGGUGCCGACCGCAUGUCCAGCUUCGGCGACAUGAUUGCCCUGUCGCACGAGGUCGACGUGCCAACUGCCAAGAUCAUCAGCCGCGAGGUCUCGGACGGUGUCAUCGCGCCGGGCUACACCGCUGAGGCGCUCGAGAUCCUCAAGAAGAAGAAGGCGGGCAAAUACCUGGUCCUCCAGAUGGAUCCCGACUACGUGCCCGGCUCAGAGGAGUCAAGGACUGUCUUUGGCAUCACCCUGAAGCAGCACCGCAACGAUGCCAAGAUCGUCCCGUCAGACAGCUUCAACACCGUCGUUGUGCCAAAGAACUCUGGUCCCCUGCCCGAGUCCGCCCAGCGCGACCUGACAGUAGCGACCAUUGCGCUCAAGUACACACAGUCCAACAGCGUCUGCUACGCGCUCAACGGCCAGAUCAUUGGUCUUGGUGCUGGUCAACAGUCUCGCAUCCACUGCACCCGUCUCGCCGGCGACAAGGCUGACAACUGGUGGAUGCGCUUUCACAGCCGCACCCUCUCCCUCAAGUUCGCCAAGGGCACCAAGCGCCCCUCCAAGUCAAACGCCAUCGAUCUCCUCUGCUCUGGCCUCGUCCCAGCGUCGGGUCCCGAGCGUGACGACUUCGAAGCGCACUUCGAGUCGGGUGCUGUGCCUGAGCCGUUCUCGGCUGAGGAGCGCAAAGAGUGGCUGGAGAAGCUUGAGGGUGUUGCCCUGUCGAGCGAUGCUUUCUUCCCCUUCAUCGAUAACGUGUUCCGCGCGAAGAGGAGUGGAGCGGGAUACAUUGCUGCCCCAACGGGUAGCCAGAACGAUGGCGCGGUGUUUGAGACGAGCGAGAAGCUGGGGAUUACGUUCGUGGAGCAGCACAUUCGAUUGUUCCACCAUUAGAGGUUUACUACACGGUGGUUAUGAUGUUUAUGUGCGAUGAUUUAUGAGCUUUAGUACGGAAUAGUAGAGGGAUGGAUCAAAAGACUCUGAAAAGGUCAUGGGAUUAUAUUGGGAAUGGAGGUUUUGUGUUCUGACAUGUUUUUCUUCUC